AUGGAAGAAAGAAACGCAAGAUUUUGCCCUCAAGAUAUAAACGAACGGUCCGACCUUUGUCAAAGCGUGUCAACUCUAAUCUUACCUCUCCAGAGAGUAAGUUGCUGGCAUACAGAUGAUCGAAAGGUAUUGCGGCAAGGAAGUCAACAACAAACCACCCGCGAAGGUAAUUUAAGGCAAUCAGUUUGCUAUCCGAUACCACUUCACCCUUGCGUGAAACAAAUGUCGUUCGGAAGUUAA